AUGCGAGAAGGUAAUCAUCAAGGCGCGUCUGAAGGGAGUUACAACAACGCGCAAGGUGUUGACAACCACGCCUGCGCCAACCACAGAGGAGAAGACAUUGACAGAAAUGUUUAUGGUGAGCUCAGUGCUUCGCCGCAGUUUCUGGAGCAGGAUCGAGUCCGGCGAGCUGGGGAGACGCUCAGGGUUCCUUACAGACAUUGCCAUCAGCAGAAGAGAAUGUCGCUAACGGACAAGCUAGCUCGCCGGCAGCUGAUCAGUGUGGUGGUUCUAUGUUCGCUGUUUAUGAUCGGAGAAGGCAUAGGGGGAUUUCUGGCCAACAGUCUUGCCCUUUUCACGGAUGUCCUUCACCUUGCCAGUGACCUGAUCAGCUUUAUCAUCAGCCUGUUGGCCAUGUGGUUGGCCAACAAACCCGCCACUCGCAGGAUGUCUUUUGGAUAUCACAGAGCAGAGGUGCUCGGAGCCAUGUUCAGUGUGUUUAUUAUUUGGCUGGUCAGUGGGGUGCUCUGUUACAUCGCUGUUGACCGGAUCCUGCAUGAGCACUACAUGGAUGUGAAGCCGGAUGAAAUGUUGAUCACUGCCUCUUUGGGUGUCCUGUUCAACAUAGUAAUGGGACUGGUACUUCAUUCGGAGAUGUGCUGUGGUCAUGCACACAGUCACAACAAGUUUGGACACGGCCACUCGCAUGCGGCUCCAGGGGGUCACGGACACAACCAUGGGCACAGUCACGGAAAAGAGGAGCUCCUGGAUGUGGCCCCAACCCAGAUUGAAAUAGGCAGCAGUGUGCAGCAAGGGUUCGAUUACUGCCGUCUUGAGAAUCAAGCAGAUGGUUCGAAUCACCAGAUGAGGGAUGGUACUUCCCUGGCAGUGGCAGCCGAAGAGUGCAGCGAUGAGUUCCAUGAAUGUGUAGAAGAAGAGGAAACAAUCCAUAAACACAAGAACAUCAACGUGAGGGCCGCUUUCAUCCAUGUCGUGGGGGACAUCAUCCAGAGCCUGGGAGUGUUGAUUGCUGCUUUGAUCAUCAAAUUUACGAAUGAUGAGAAAUACCGACUGGCAGACCCGAUAUGUACAUUCCUGUUCUCUAUUCUAGUACUGAUCACAACAGUCACAGUACUGAGAGAUGCUCUACUUGUUGUUAUGGAAGGUGUUCCGAGAGACUUAUCUAUUGAAUCCCUGAAGAAAGAACUUUCUGCACUGGAUGGGGUGAUCACCGUACAUAGUUUGCACAUUUGGGCCUUAACCUUAGACCGAAAUGCCUUAUCGGUUCAUCUUGCAGUGGAAAACCCUCAUGCACACGACCAAGUUCUUUCAGCUGCCACCAAGUUGAUCCAGGACCGCCACCACUUCUUCCACUCCACGAUUCAAGUGGAGCUGUACAAUGAAGCUGUGAUGAAGCACUGCAAGGAGUGCACAGAAUGGAAAUAG